GAGACCCGUCAAGUUCUUCCGCUUACUAUAACGAUGUGAAUGCAUGUCCAUCAGGCGUUCAUCAAUCACCAGCAUUAGAUAAUACGAACAUAUCGCAAGGUGAUCAGAUCAAUAAUCUUCAUGCGAACUUACAAACAAACGAAUUGCAAGGUCAAUUCCUUGUAGGACCUUUAUUACUGACAGUUAAAUUACAAUUAUUAACUUCAGAUGUUGAUCCGACCAGUCCACAAACUUUUCCUCAAUUACCAGGACCAAUAAAUAUUACUAUAUCAGAAGAUCACCAAUGUUUGGUUUAUAGUCAGUAUACAACUUCGCAAACACAAUUAGAUCAAUCUUCAG